AAGACAAAAAGAGAAAAAGAAAAAUUUCAGGCCAGGGACCUGGAGAGUGAAAAAAAAAAAUUGUUUCUGUUUUCCUAGAAAAUUCCCAAAAAGUGUGUGUAGAAAAGUGGGUAAUUAUGAGCCUUCUAGGGAGCAGGAGGACUGUGACUCGUGCUAAUGGUGAGAAGCAGUGCCGUGGGAUAGGUGUUUCCAUACCUGAAAAUGAGGGGCUGACUGAACACGGGCAGACUGGUACUUUGAGUGGAACUUGAAAGUAAUUAAUGGCAGAGCUCAGAGUUUCCUCCUUCUGGCUUGAAUGAGGUGUGUGAAAUGUGUCCUUCUCUUGCUUUUCCUGUGCCUUCCCUACCAGCUCCUUGGCCUUGGGAGGUGUUCCCCAGGAUGUACCUAAACUCAGUGUUCACACCACACCUGUUUUUCUACUUUACCUCUCCUCCUCAAAGAUGCAAGUUCUGUGGUUUAAACUUAGCAAAAACCAAAAAAGAAACUAAAAACAGUACAUUUACGGAUACUAUAAUGCAACCCUUUACUCCUAUCCCUUUGUUUUCUAUGCAUUUAGGAGGGUGGAGAUUUCAUAUAUAUAUCUAUAUAUCUAUAUCUAUAUCUAUAUAUGUUCUCAUAAAACUAGUAUGGUAGAAAAAAACAGAUUUUUUUAGUUGAGAGACUUGGAUUCAAAUUCUGACUUCAUUUUUUAUUAGCUUACAUAAUCAGAUACCUUUGGCUCUUCAGUCUCCUCUGUAAAGUAGGGGUUACACGAAUCCUACCCACAGGGCUGUUGAGAGGACUAACUGAAAUAAUGUGAAAGAAUCCCACAGAAGGCUUAACAUUUAAUUAAGAAAAUAAAUGUGGUUUUGAAUCUUGAGUGGCCCAAAUAAUUAUUGUAGAACGCAAGUUUAUAUGGGUUAAAGUCUGAAAGCAAAAGCAUAAAUAAAUUUUCUUAAUAAAAAUGGAAAUGUUUUAAUUUUCUUUUUUCCCCCUCUGUGCCUGAAGGAAAAUCAGUUUGACUGCUUUCCUAUUCCGGGCUCCUACAGGGCUGGAGUGAAGAAUGCAGACCUACCAUGGUGCAGAAAUACAUAAUCACACACAGCAACAUGGUUUGGAGUUUGUUUUGGUUGUUGAGGUGACACUGGCUCCUGGGAGACAGGAAAGAGUGAUGCUUCAUCGCUGCCAAACUAAAAACACAACCCACCUGCCAGGGCCGAUGACUCUUUGGUGGUGGGUCCAAAGCUCUCUUUCCUGGAUGGGGCAUUCUGUGGUUAGUGUACAGUGGUUGCUGUAGCAACCCCAUUGUUGUACUCUGCCUAACAGAAAGGUGGUAUGAUUUCAUUGAUUUCGUUCACUAAAGGGAAAAGCAGAGUUACUUGGGUUUUGUUUAAAGAGGAAUUUUAAAACUGGAACUGAAAUUUUCUACCAAAGCAAGUCUCAACUUGGAUGAAACUAUGAAACCAGACAGUUCUAGCAUUUGAAGCAGCAGAGUUACAGAACGACAGCCAUGGAUGACGUUUACAAGGUCACUUCCACAGAGAGGACCCAGCUGCUGGAGAGGGAGCUGGCUGUGCGGUUGAGCGAGCUGAAGUCGGAGAUAGAAGAACAGGGCAUCCUUCAGGGAACAGCUCAUCGAGUGCACAGCUCUAUUCACAUACCAAAGGACAUUUCUUACUUUAGAAGAGAAAGGGAGCUGGCAUUGAAGAGAACCUUACAGGUGGCGGAGUCGAAGCCCCUUGUUAUUCAGGCAGAUGUCCUGCAGAGGGAGCUAGAGAGCUGCCUGAGAAGAGAGUACACGCCUGAAAAUUUGCCUUUGCUUCUGUUGCAGUACUACACAGAGAGAAUUACCCAGCUGGUCCAGAGUAAAUAUUUACACAUGCUCAGGUGGAAGAGGUUUUGCCGGCACAGUGCGACCAUGGAGCAGCUUUAUCCUCUUUAUAAGAAACAAGUUACCUACAUCAUGCAAGAGUAUAACGAUGCUGUUCAGCGCGCUGAAAGGUUGUCAGCUGCUCGAGAAAACUUCCUCAUGGGAAGAAACAAUCCUCCUAACCUGGUGACACAAGAAGACCUGACUAUUUACACAAAGUGGCUAGUGUGUCACCUGCACUCCCUCAGGACCGUGCAUCACUAUCUGCGGGCGCUCCAGUAUUUGCCAAUCUCCAAAGUGCUGAAUCUAGACAACCCCCAAGCCCCUGAGGCUGGUCAGAAAAAAGAAAAGGUCUGCGUCAGUGACCUUGACCCUGACAUCCAGGAUUCCGCCUCUCCUGGCUCUAUGGACACCAGCAUUUCAGGGCCAGUGGGCACGGAUUCUGCUUCCAUCCUUCCCAAACACCUAACAGAAGCGGAAGACCUGAAACCUCAGCUGAAGCACUUACUUUCCCACUUCCAAAUCCUGUACGACGUGCAGGAGCUAAGGGGCUCUGCGAAGGAAAUGGAACUUUUUUCACUGGUUUCCCCAAGCUUUCAAAGCAUCUUCGUGGAGCAGCAGCAAAUGCAAACGUUUCUGGACUAUGAAGCCGGGGCCACUAAAGCAGAGAAUUUGGGUUUGUCUGGACCUGCUAGGACCUUGAAAAAGCGAGCCAACUGGAUUCCUUUUAUAAAGAUCAAACCAAAAUGUGAUCCUUGGCAAAAGAAGAUGUUGACCAAACUCAAAGAACGGAAAAGAACAGAUGCAUUAAUGCAACUCCAAGCGAAGUUUUUGAAGAUUUCUGACCCCAAGCGAGUAAUGCAAGCGCUCCAGGAUCAUGCCGCGAAGACAAACACACCGAACCCCCAUCGUCCACCUUUCAUGACUCCCGGAGGUUUGCAUCCUUGUGAUUAUGACAAAAUCUGGGAGAAUAUUUAUAGCAACAUCAACCUCUACCAGGAUACUGACUUUUCAAUGGAACAAAACGAAAAUGAUCUACCACCAGGUUUCAGCCAAGUCUCAGCAACUGACGUGCCGGUCAAACAGAGAAAAGACACAGGGUACAACUUCGAGGUAGCACUACAACUCCUGGGCUUGGAUGACGGGCCUGGGCCCAGCGACAAGAACCCUGCCUUGAUGAGGGGGGCCUACCUGUCCUUUCUGUGUCUGCGGCACCUGCGAAUCUGCGAGCUCCGGCGCAUCUGCUUAGGAAUUCUGAACUACUUCAGAUCUGUUGAGCGAACUUUGACUAUCAAUACUUCAGGCCUUACCUUGGUUUCUGGGGAGCUGGUCCCCACAGCGGAAGACAGCUCUUGGACAAAUAUUGCAGAAGGAGGCGUGGGCACCUUGCAAGGCCUGGGAGCGCACCACUAUGUCCACGGGACGCCUGCUGAGCACAAGGUCCAUAGUGUCCAGUUCAUGGAGUUCUCAGAAGCGGAGAACCAGGAUGAUUACUACAGCACAGGAGCUGGCUGUAUCCACACCCAGGACCAGCAAGGGGCAUAUGUCAUGUAUGACGAAGCCUUGAACGAUCUGAAGGAACUAGAAGCAGAGCUUCUGCUUGUGGGCAGCUAUUACAUUGAGAAAGAAAAGGGGCACAAAGAGCGCAGCGUGCCGAGGAGUAACCAGGCCUGGGGAUGGACCCAUGCUGAUGUGGACAGGUUUGCUGUGCUGUAUGACCUGUGGACUUGGGAAGCAACUCUUCUAGAAAACAAACACCAGCUUCUAGACUGUUACUUGGAAGCCUACCAGCACACGCUGGACCCUGAGGAGAGGUUUGCCCUGGCACAAGUGAUGACUGACAUUAUGCAUCAGCGCCCCAAAUUCAAUCCGGGCCACCCUUACUUCAUUAAGGCCUACCAAGAUGAAUGCACCUGCCUGAGGCUUCACCUGCAGCUAGUGAGGAGCAUCCUCAGCCAUCACAUAGAGAGUCAGACAGAAUACGUCCAGAGGCUUUGGUGGGAAGAUCAUCCGGGAGAUCGGAGUACAUUUGGAAUACCCCUUAACGUCAUCUGUAAGCAACCUAAUUCUAUCAGUAACAUCUGCCCAGGUCUGAGAAACAUUCAUCUGCUGGAGUUUCACCCUUCUCUCGGCCUGGCAGGGCUCAUCCCCAGGGCCAUAGAGCACCUGCAGAGAGAGGCCCGCCACACCCACCGGCCCACGUCUCCCAGCGGCCUUGCCCUGCUGGAGCGACGCGUCCUGCAGCUGGCCCUGGACCUGUGGCUCUCCCCGACCAAGCCCGAGACCUGCUACAGCGCUCGUCUCCAGAGAGAGUUAUUUUCACAGAACGUGGUGGGAGACCCCUUCCUUGUGGAGGAGAUAGGCUUGCUUGCACUCAAGGCUGCCACGGAUGAAGGGCAGAAACAAGGCUACCACUCUCCUGUGCUGCUCCUGGACACGUUUUCCAGGCUUCUGGAGCUGCUGACCCUCCGCCACCGGCUGAUAGAAACGAGUGUGGAGAGUGCACACCUAGCUCGCCUCUAUAAGGAACUGGCGCGGGAGACGGGUUUUGAAGAGUUCCACUUGUAUCUGAGACCGGUUCACUUUGAAUUUGCAUCACUUGACGACAAGGUGGACCAGUCAGCUCCUGUCUUUAUCACUUCCCUGCUGGAGGAGCGUGGUCAAGUAGACAGAUAUUCUCCCGCUACUCUUGUCUUAGCCAUCUCUGAGGUGGAUGAUAACCAAAUUGGCAAAUAUAGUUUUUAUACGAAAGAAGCCAUCCUUAAGCUCUUGUCUCACUCAGGAGUGGAAAACAUGCAAGUGAUUCUCGCAUGCCAGGCUGCUCAGAGAAAUGCUUUGCUGGUGGCUCUUCAGCAGGCAGCCUCCUACCACACCCCGCGAGCAGGCUGUCCUGACGUCAAGGAAAUAAGUUCAAAUCUGAGAAAUCAAGAUGUAGUGAGCCCAGCCAGAAGAAGUUCCAGAACUGUAAAGGGCACGGGAGCCUCAGAUUCUUCAGAGAGAUUUCAGACGACCAGAAGGUACUGUGCCCAGUGGGAGGAUUGUUUAAAAACAAAAGUCCCUUCUUAAGUCAGCAACAGUGCUAGGACAUCGAAGGAACCUAGCUCUCAGAGUUACUAGUGUGUGCUUUAUGUUGUGUGUGUGCUUUAUUUUGUUAAGACCACACGUGAAGAUAAUGUUUAACAUUGGGAAGGCUCAACUUCUUCCCGUACUUAAGUCUGUGAAGGAGAAUCCACUUUUCCUAAUUUCAGCCUCUUCCCCCUUUUUCUCUCCUCU